ACUCCGACAGCUAUCGGAAAAAUGGCGGCAGCAUUGCUGCUGGAGUUGGAGGUUUCCGAGCUUUCUAAACUGCCCAAAGCUGUGCAGAACAAACUCGAUAAAGUUCUGUCGGACCAACAGAAUGAAAUUGACUCCUUAAAAUCUCAACAUGAGCAAUUCAGGGUCGACAGCGAGCAACAUUUCUUCGAGAAGGUCAAGCAGCUGUCCCAGUGCCAGGAAGAUUUCUUGACCCAGUCACAGGAAUAUGGGAAACUCAAAGAUGAGUUUGCCAAGCUAGGGGAUGAAGUCAAACGUGUCCGCGAAACAAACAGCGAGUAUGAAGCUGCCCAAGAGAAGCUUUCAUUGGAGCAGUCAUUGCUUUCGAAAUCCAAGGAGGAACUUGAAGGAGAAAAGCGGGAACUUGUCCGGACUUUGGAAAGACGAUCUUUAGAAGUGGAGCAUUUGAAUGAUGACUUGAAGCAGCUGAAUGACAAGUUAGUGGAAGUCAACACCUCUAAAAUAGCCAUGAAGAUGAAGCUGGAUGAACUCGAAGCAGCAGAGGUUAGAAUAAAAUACAAAGAAAAGCGAAUGGAACAAGAGAAGGAACUGCUGCAAAAUCAAACAUCCUGGCUGAAUGACGAACUAAACUCAAAGAGUGAAGAGCUUCUGUCCCUUUCACGGCAGAAGGGUAAUGAAAUCCUCGAAUUGAAAUGCACUUUGGACAAUACAAAGGAUGAGCUGAACAGGUCCCAGGAUCAAUUAACAAGUCUAAAAACUCUAAAUGAGAAUCUCAACAAACAAAACGAGGCGCUGGUCAUAAAACUCAAAGAGGCCAAGGAGCAACAAGCCACGAUGGAAGAGAAAUUCAGAAAUGAGUUGAAUGCAAAUAUCAAGCUUUCCAAUUUAUACAAGGAAUCAGCAGCGGAUUCUGAAGCGAAAAGUGAGGAGCUCAGCCGAGCAGUUGAAGAACUGCAUAAACUGCUGAAAGAUGCGGGAGAAGCCAACAAGGCUCUGGAAGAGAAUUUACAGGAAAUAAACUGUGGCAAAGACAAAACAGUUGAUGAGUUGAAGGAAAAAAUCCGAAUCCUUGAGAAGGAACUGGAAAAUGCCAAUGACCUGUUGUCCAAUUCCAAACAAAGAGUCUGUUCAACAUCUAUCCUGACAGAGGAGCAAGUGAUAACCAUGUCCCCGACUGCUGCUGUUGUGUCCAAGAUAAAACCUGGAAUGAAGCUCACUGAGAUAUAUUCUGCGUAUUUGGAAAACCAGGAGCAACUGCAGUUGGAGCGGCUUGAAAACAAGCGAGUCAACAAGUAUUUGGACGAUAUUGUGCAGGAGGUGGAGGCAAAGGCCCCCAUACUGAAGCGUCAGAGAGAUGAGCAUGAACGCAUGCAGAAAUCUGUGGCCAGUCUCUCAGCCAAGCUUGAACAGGCAGUGAAGGAUGUUUACCGCUUGCAGAAUGAGACUGAUGAAGCUAACAAGCGCUCCUCAGUCCUGGAGAGGGAAAACCAAAGAUGUGAAAUCCAGAUCAAAGACAUGACUAAACAGUUGCGUGUGCUUCUCAUUGAGCUCGAAGAGGCUCGGGGAAACCAUGUGUUGCCUGAUUCAGAGGUGAGCUCGGCCAACGUCAGCAGCACCUCAGAAUUGAUAAGCCAACACCUAGUGACCUACCGCAGUGUGGAGGAGCUUCAGAUGCAGAACCAGCGCCUGCUAGUGUCACUGAGAGAACUAGCGGAUGAGAAAGAGAAAGAAGAACUGGAGGCCUCUGUUGAUAAGCGUGCUGAGCUCGAGGAGGACUGGAAGAAAGCACUGGCUGAGGUAGAGUCCCUGAAGGAGCAACGUGGCCAACAAAUAAAGUUGACUGAAUCUAUUGUAAGACAAAGAGACAUGUACCGUGUGCUGCUGGCCCAAGCCACUGGUGUCAACUUCCCACAGCAAGGGGCAUUGCCUGAGGAAUUUACACACACAUCCACUCCUCGCCGUUCACCAGCAACGACUCCCACAUCUGGAACCCCAACUGCACUUGUAUCCAUGGCAACAGACUCUGCUGAAGCAAUGGAGGCAAAGGCGGCCUUACGACAGCUGCAGGAUGUGUUUACCACAUACAAGAAGGAGCGUGUGGAGAGUGACAAAGUGAUGAUGGUGCAAAGUGAGAAACUCCAGGAGCAGCUUUCCGACCUUCGCUCUCAGAAUACUAAGAUCUCUACGCAGCUAGAAUUUGCCUCAAAAAGGUAUGAAAUGCUGCAGGACAAUGUUGAAGGUUACAGAAAAGACAUUGCCUCUCUCAGAGAGAAGGAUCAGAAGGCAUCGUCAGCCGUGCAAAAGCACGAACAAACCAUCCAUACUCUUAAUCAAGAUCUUCAAACUGCAAAGGAGAAACUAACGAUGACUGAGGGUCGUGCUGAGAGUCUGCGUAAGGAGAGAGACAUGCUGAAGCUCAUUGAAUCUCAAUUGAAUCAAGAGAAGGAUUCAAUUCUGAGCCACCAAAAGAGCCAGAGCAUGCUGCUAUCGAAUCUGCAGGCUAUUCAGGCAACUCUUGAACGAUCUGAGACAGAUACACGCCAACGUCUCAACGUCCAGCUCGAGAAACAGGAGCGGGAGAUAUCUCAGCUCCAGAAGAGGUUGGAGCAGGAGGUGGAGCAGCGGCAUUUGCUUACCAGAAAUCAAGAUAUCCAGUUAAUGGAUGUGAAAAGGCAAUUGGAGACCCAAGUGGCUCUUCACCAGAAAACUAAAGAACUGUUGAAUUCUGCUGAGUUGGAGUUGAAUACAGUCAGGUUCAAGCAAGGCACUGGAGAUAUGGGUCACCUCCUCAGUUCUCCCGCUACACCAAUCAUUCGAGGUUUGUCAAUUUCAGAUCAAGACAGGGAAGAUGUGCAGGGUCGUCUGAGACUUGCUGAAACACGAGCAGAGGAGCUGGCGGAGAGCCUCCGUGCAGCGACCACCAACAUGGAACAGUACAGAGCCAUGGCACAGAGCUUGGAAGAGUCUCUAGACAAAGAGAAGCAGGUGACUGAGGAGGCUCGGUCUUCAAUUGAAACUCGUAUGAGAGAAGCUAGAGAAGAGUAUCAUAAGCUGGAGGAGAAACUUCUUGAAGCUGAAAAACAAAAACAAGACUUAUUGGAGCAAAAUAAGCAAGGCUUGGUGGCUCUGGAGGAGCAGAUGGAAACGCUGAGACAGAGUCUUAGUAAUGCGGAGUCCAAUCACCAGAUGGCGCUAUUGAGAGUGUCUAGUGCAGAGGCACUGCAGCAACAGGCUUUGCAGGACAGUCAGGCACAGGCCAAGCUUGCAGCUGAAGCCCAAGACAAGUAUGAGAGGGAGAUGAUGCUGCAUGCUGCAGAUGUUGAGGCUUUGCAAGUGGCAAAGACCCAAGCAUUACAAGCUGCAGCUGCUAAACAUCAGCUGGAGGAGAGAUCCCAGAGACUCGGUGUUGAGCUCCUGGAAGCCAGAGUCUCCUGGGAAGAGCAGGAGAAGAUUCUUAAAGAAGAGAUGUCCAAGCUGGAAAAGAAUUACGAAGAGUUGCAAAGACAAAACACUCUCCUGCAUGAGCAGAUUCAGUCCAUGAGUGCCAAGAUGGUUGAGAAAUUGCAACAUGGUGUUGGGGAAAGUUCCCUGAAUCUCUCGCUGAAUGAGGAAGGCAAAUCUGAAGACCAAGUACUUGAGAUUCUUAGAUUUGUACGAAGAGAGAAGGAGUUAGCCGAGUCUCGUUUUGAAGUUGCCCAGGGAGAGAGUUUGCGUUAUCGCCUGAGAGUGGAGCACCUUGAACGAGAGCUGAAAGAAGUGACAGACAGUCUUAGGGCUGCAGAAGAAAAAAUGCAGGUUACAUCAAAGACUCUCGCUCAGCAUGAUGAGCUGAUGAAGAAAACUGAAACGAUGAGUAUCUUGAUUGAGACAAACAAGAUGUUGAGAGAGGACAAGGAUAAGAUGGAGCAGGAACUUCAGGAAACACAAACAAAGUUGAAAAAGAUGGAGCAGGAAGUUCUUCCGAUUCAGCAAGCUAACACGGAACUCAGUGAAAAGAGUGGAAUGUUACAGGCUGAAAAGAAAAUUCUGGAGGAUGAGAUAAAACGCUGGAAGAAUCGCACUCAGCAUUUGGUGAGCCAGCAAAAGGAUUCUGAUCCUGAAGAGUACAAGCGGCUCCAUUCCGAAAAGGAGAUGCACAUUAAACGAAUCCAGCAACUCGCCGAAGAAAAUAAUAAACUUAAAACUGAGGCAACCAGAUCCAAUAAUCAUACAGUUUCCCUGCAAAGCCAGCUCCAACAUCUGCGGGAGAGUUUGAACAAGUUAACAGAUGAGAGAAAUGCUCUAAAGAAGGAAGUAGAGACAAAGAAUCAGGAACUCCUGAAUAAGAUUCGGACCGUGACACAAGUGAAGAAAAUCGGUCGUCGCUACAAAGUUCAGUAUGAUGAGCUCAAGUUGGCACACGACAAGAUGGUGUCUGAGGCUGCUGCAGGCCCGUCUCAAGACGAGGAGGCCAGGCAGGCCUCAGAACAGGAACUGCAAAGUCUCAAAGAUGCUCUUAUGCAGUCCGAAGCAAAGGCCAAAAAACUGGAGGGACAGUGGGAGACGAUUAACAAGGUGGUAGUAGAGCGGGAGGCAGAGACGCGUGGCGCUCAGGAACAGACACAGAGACUGCAGUCAGAGCUGACCAGGCUGAGACAGGAGCUUCAAGAUAAGGUCACUCAGGACGAUGCACUGAGGCAGCAGAUGACUGAUAAAGAGGAGAAGACUAAGAAGGCGAUUGUUUUUGCAAGGCAAAAAAUCAACCAGCUCAUAGCUGUUAAGGAACAACUGAAAAAGGAAAACGAUGAGCUCAAGCAGCAGCGUGAGGAGCUGGAGGUGCGAGUGAGUGCACUCAAAUCUCAGUAUGAAGGGCGCUUUAGUCGCCAGGAAAGAGAACUGAGAGAACUUCGAGGACAGCAGGAGAGACAAGAACAGCGAGAUGAACCAUCUGAGGCAGGACCAAGCAAGGAGCAGCAGAGGAGCACAGAACAGAGACAGAUAAGUCUGAAGACAACCCCUGCUGCUGACAGGGGCAGUGCUAGCUCUUCUGAGCCUCCCACCGCAAAUAUAAAACCAACGCCUGUCGUGGCCACUGCCAGCAAACCGCCUGUUAAUCCUGGUAACAAACCCACUCCAAGGGCCAGCAUCAGACCAAUGAUCACCCCGGCCACUGUGCCCACCCCAACACCCACUGCAACCGUCAUGCCCACCACACAGGUGGAGACCCAAGAAGCUAUGCAAUCUUCAGAAGGCCCACCAGUGGAGCAUGUCCCUGUGUAUGGCAGUGCCAGUGGCUCUGUGCGAUCAGCCAGUCCCAACAUCCAGACCACUUUAGCGAAUCCCAUGUUAACCGUCCAGCAAACUCAAACACAGGCCACUGCAUUCGUCCAGCCAACACAACAGCAAAGUGUGACACACUCCGAGCCCGUGAGUCAAGAGCUGCCCACUGUUGUGAUUGAAGCAACAACAAGCUCACAGGUGGAGUGGCCCUCGACAUCCUCCACCCCGUCUGUGUUUGGCACUGUUUCAGCAACACCUGGAACAUCCUCAUUGUCCAAAAGGCCCCGUGAUGAAGAGGAAAGUUCCACAAUGGUUACAGACACAGAGACUACCCAGGAGGAGAAUUCCCGUCAACCCAUUGCAAAGAAGCUGCGAAUUAUUCAACGGGUUGGGCCAGAGGAGGAGAUAAUGGCUGAAGAAAGUGCUGAGGCCGAGGGUGUGGCACCAUCCGACAGUCAAGAUGAUGCCGAAGCUAGUCAGUCAGGGGAAUUUGCUGCUCUAGAUGACAGUGAGGAAUCCGCUGCUGCUUCCCGAGCCAUCAUCAGUCAAGAUGUUACCAUGACACAGAGCGAAGUUUCUGAACAGCAGCAACAGCCUGAAGUUAUUGUUAUAGUGACUGACACAGAAACUGAGGAUGACCAGGAAGAAGAGGAGGAGGAGGAGGAAGAUGAUGAGCAGGACUAUGAAGACGAGGAUGAGGAGGACGGUGAUGUGGAGGAGGAUGAGGAGGAAGAAGGUGAUGAGGAGGAAGAGGAGGAAGAUGAUGAUGGAGGCAUCGAGGAGGAAGAAGACAGCAACAAUGGCAGCGGAGAUGAAGUUUAUGAAGGAGACGACGCUGAGGGAGCUGACGUAACUGACCCAGGCACUGAGACAGAGGAGAGUCUGGGGGCGACGGACUCCACCCAGAGGCCAGCAGAUUCCCAGACACCCAGCUUCGAGGUAUCAGCUAUGGAGACCUUCUCAUCAGAUCAACCGCUAAGUAGCUCUGGAACACGCAUGCCUCUCUCUCCACGAAGACCAACCCAUCAACUUCCUGCCCGUCUAACAUCAGAGCUGGCACUGUCCUCUCAGGCUCAGCGUAUCCCUGCUCGACGCCAGUCAGUGGGAAGGGUCCCGCAGCUCAGCUCUGCGAGCUCUCACUUUUUCGAGGAGGAUGAUCGAAUGGUCCCUAACCCCCCCACUUUGGUGGUUUCUCACCACUCUGAUGGUUUUGACCAGACCGUCCAUUCUCCUCAAGUUGCUGGAGUCCCUCGCUUCCGUGCAGCAGAUGAUGUUCCUCAGACUAGCAGCUCCUCACACUCGGAUGUAGGCCAACUCCCACCACAUGGAGCCCACGGUUUAUUUGAAACUUCCAUGUUCCUUACAUCUCAUGACGAUGAGGCAGGUGGACGGAGUGUUCCCACGGGACCGAUGCAAGUCACUGCCCAAGUUCAUUCAGUCUUUUCUGAAGCGGCCCAGUCCGACAUCACAGAGCUGACAUCCCAGUCCGUUCCCACGGUCAGCACGUCAACUCCGAGUCUGGUAGUUCCAGGAGCUGCCAGCACGAGCGAGGAGAGGGAGGAUGUCUUUCUGGAAGCUGAAACAGACAAUCCUGAAUCGUUGGUGGAUCCUGUCAUCUCCCAGGAUGAUGUGGAGGAACCAAGUCAGCCGUCUGACAAGUCCAACCUCCCUUCCACCAGCCAAGAGCCCUCAUCCAGCUCUGCAGAUACCUGCAGUGCUCCAGCUCAACCCUCCAGACCUGGACCGGGUAGACUGCAGCGCUGGCCGGAGAACCGUGGCGGCCGAGGUGGUCGCAUGAAAAGAGGAGGUCAAGCGUUUCCUUCCCGUGGACCUCAUGGCAGAAGGUUGGCCAGAUGAAGCUCUGACUGGGAACUUCUUCCCCGUUCCAUCUCACUAUGACUUCCAUUGUAAUAUGAUUAGAGCGUAUCAUGUGUGCUGAGUGUUUUUAAAGAACAUAUUAAAACUCCAAACAAUAACAAGAGUUUAGUGCUUUAGUCUUAUCAAACAACAUUGGGGCAUUUGAUGAAACUGGCAGGUUUGGAGGUUUCCAUGACGGGAUGGCCACCAUCCAUUCGGACCUUGUAGGACUUUGCUGCAACACAGAUAGUCAGGGUGAGAGGACCAUUCUGCUUAAGUACGAACAGCAAACGUUGCUUCUCCAGUGAUGUCAGCGACCAGGCUCUUUUUCACUUCCUUUGCUGACAAAAAACAAAAUGUGCAGUAGCCAUCGCUGCUUCUCCUGUGCUUUACUGGUCACACACAUGCUUCUUGUCAGAAUGUCAAGAGUGAUGUGAUGAUGCAAUGAAAUUAAAAGGAAAGAGUCGCACCCAGUUUGCGAUGCUCAGAGAGAAAGGGAAGAUUUUUUUUUUAAUUGUCUGAGGUUUAAGUCUCUAAGUUUGUCUUUUCUGAUCAAUACACAUCAUUCUGAAAACUGUCAUGAACUGAAAAAGAAACUGUGCAAACUUACACCCGGAGAAGACGUAGUACUUGUACCCCUCCAUCUCUUGCUUGUCUGGGAUGGACACUGCCGCAGUGACGGUCGGUGGGAAGCCUCUCCAGCUUGUCCUGAUGUUGAUGGCUCCCUCUAAAACUGAAACUGUAACGGUAGAAUUUGCAAGUUUUUACUCACCUGUUCCAUAAUAGUAAGUUGGUUCAUUAUGCUUGGCACAUAACGGACACAAAACCUGCAAACGACCAGCGUUUUUUGUUACCUGUGUGACGAACCCGUCUGUUGUGAACCUUGUGAAUGGUGAAGUGGGUUUUUUGCCCACAUGUUGGAUGGGUACCAAACUGGUAGGAGUAUUUCUGCACAGUCCCUCCUGAUAGAAGAGCCACAAACAUUCAAAAUGAAAGGAAAUUACUUUGCUAAAUGUCGCCUUCUCGCACCUCUCUUGAAGAAGUACACAGCCUCUCUUCUACUGCGAUGUUGAGGAACUGACAGGGCAGCUGUGAUCGGACCCCGAAGUCCAUCAAAGCCAGUCUCAACCACUUUUGGGUAUCCAGAGUCCAAAGCGUCAUUUUCAAACCUCCAGUACUUGCCUCCCUGCACACAUGAAUCCAUUGGUUCUGAUUGAGACAACAGCAUUCUGUUAAGUUUACCUUGAGGAUGUACGUUUUUCCCUGGCAGUUGCAGCGGGUGAAGACUGUGUCGAUGGGGGACGGCACUCCCCAGACUUGGGUGAUAUCCCGGGCGGGUCCUGGAACUCUGUUUGGGUCCAGGAACCAGAAGUGGUGUCCUGUCGGUCAGGGUUAUUUUAAAAUCUGUCCUUGUGUAAAAUGUUGAGGCUUAUUGUUGGACACACCUCUGAAGACCACCACGGUCCCAUUCCUCAGUGUGGUCACUCCGCUGAUGGGGCGGCCACUGCACAGGUUUGUGUCGUUGUUGUCGUCUGGGGGUAAAGAAACAUUAGUAAACAUGCCGUUGAAUGGUUUUAUCAGGUGUUAGUUUUUCUGGUUUUCCUGCCUGUUGAGGUUUGAGCUCUCCCUCAGGAUUUUUAGAAAGACUCCUUUUGAUGUCCAUAUUUCUUCCAAUGUUGCCUUAAUGAGCAGCGUCAUUUUUCAUUACCACAAUGCGAUUUUAAUCUGUCAUUUAAUGAUUUGCUCAAAGCAAUGUACUUGGAACUGUUUUACUUUGAGAUUGACAAUACUGCUCUCACCUGCUUGGUACUCUCCUGGGGUCAUCUCAGGUUCAGGUAUAGGUUUAUCCAAAUUGGCCUUGGUGGGUUCUUUUGUUUCAGUCUCAUCUGUGAUGGCUGCAGGAGUCGUUGAAGGAAUGAUGGUUGUUGCUAAAAUCAAACCUAAGGAACAGGAUGGUGAGUUUAAAUUCAACCAGAAGUUGCAUGCACGUCUGUUAGCUGGGUUGCGACCUCAAACUUCUCUGGUCAAUUAGACCCAAUGUCAACAAAUUUCAAAACUUUAGCGCACCAUAGAAAUGAAAAGGAAAAACCAAAAACAUACGAGUUGUGAUCUCCGUUUGCUCAGAAGUCCUGGUGGAAGAUCCAUAUGGGAUGCGCGUCAUUAAAGUGGUUCUGGGUUCUGUAGAUGACUCUGAAGAGCUCUGCGUGACUUUGUCUGUCUCUGAAGGUGCUGUGGACAUUUUCAGCGUUGUCUGGUCUUCCGUUGUGGCGCUUGGCGGUGGCUCUGACGUCAUCUCUAUGGAGGUGGUUUCGGGCAACAGUGCAGCAUUACUUGUCUCUGAAAAUUCACACACGUUUAUUUUACUUUCAGUCAACCAUAAACCCAAUUCUCAUCAAGAAGUAAGUUGUGAACUUAGGGUUUCUGGGUUUCAGCUGCUCUGUGUGACAGAAAAAUCUGGAAAUAAGCAUUUUGUGUGUGUGUGUGUGUGUGUAUAUAUAUAUAUAUAUAUAUAUAUAUAUAUAUAUAUAUAUAUAUAUAUAAUUUUAAUAACAUAUUGGGUCAUUUGAGAUAUUGGCAGGUUGUUCUUUUGGCUCAUUUUCCAAUUUUUUUUUUUUUUUUUAUAUCAUAAAAUCACAUGGUCAGAGUCAUGGCAUUCGCAAUUUAAAUGCAAUGCUGUAGUUCCUCUUUUUAACUUGAGGUAUGCCCUUAUAUGCCCUAAAAUGAUGUUGAUUAACAGGAAGCUCACAUCAAAUAAAACAGCAGAUGUAUUAAUAGUCAUCACAUUACUCACUGGCAAUCGUGCUUGUGGCAUCUGUGUACAAGAUAUAGGAGCUGGUUUCAGUAGGUUCAAGGGUGCUCUCUGUUGUGUGGGGUUCAGUCGUAAGAUCCCACUCAUUUGGAGGGGAUCCACUGGUGCCUUCAGGGAAGACUGGGACUUUGUUUGCUGCUGCUGGAGUGUGAAAACACGUUCACAUCUUGUAUGAAUAACUUCAAUAAGUAUUUUUUUUUUUCAUGUGCUUUUCUUACCUGGAUCAUCUUGUGGAUAUGAGGUCGGAUCAACUGGGCCAUCUUGGCGUGAGAAAGACAAAUUAAAUCAAGACAUGUACAAGAGCCUCAUUCUUCGGUUCCAAAUGUCUCAACAUAU